AUGGAUUGUACACCUACCUCGUUCCCAUCCUCUCCCUUGGCUCACUCGGCGCGGGAUGACCAAAGGUUACUCAAAGCUUCUCCGGCCUACCCAUCCCCAACGGCUAUUCCCCUCGAUAGAUACGAUUUUCAGUCGUUGUCCGGGUUAGGAAUCUCCAAUUGUGGGACAGGAUCCCCUUCAAGCCAGAUCAGACUCUACCCGUGUCCCGAACAAUAUGCACUUUCGACGAGCAACUGGUCCGACCCAAUGACGCAUUCCCCGAAUAUCCUCGAAACCCCUCCAGACGCCGGUCAGUUUCCGCCUAGGACUCAUUACGAAGCAUUCGGUAGCCAUGCAGACAUCUCAGUAUCACCAAGUUACAGCCCGGUCAUUGAUUUCGGCGCGAUGCAUGAUGAAAUACCUCGCUUCUGGCCUAACACUCCUACCUCCGAAACCAUGGCAGCGUCAGAAGGCUGGUCCAACGUUCAAGACCCGAUAGAGGACGUCUGGGAAUCGUCUUUCCUGGACGAAUCAUCCAAUACGAUGGUCUCUAGGAUGCCAGAGAUACCUCGACUUCAGAUCAACACCGCAUAUCUGCAUCCUCAACGCCCGGAUAACACCCUAACUGAGAUGGAUCCGCACAAAAGUGUUGCGCCAGAUCUGGUCCCCGAUGAGGCAAUUUCGAAGUGGAUCGAGAAUGUUAGCGAAUCGCCCAAGGGAGAACAGUCGAGGAUACCGUCGGCGAGCGGCUUAGAGUGUCCUACGUGUGGUGUCCGCUUCACACGACGCUCUAACUGUAAAGAGCAUAUGAAAAGCCACGACCCUAGCUACGUAAGGCCACAUCCAUGCGAGACUUGCGGGCGGGAAUUUAGGCGGAGGACUGACCUGAAGAGACACGUAGAUAGCAUCCAUCGGGGAAUACGCAAAUUUGGCUGCGAGAAGUGUGGUCGGCGCUACAGUCGACAGGACACAUUGUCAAGACAUCAGUCCGACGGCUGCGAUGGAAGAAUCCGGAAGACACGAGCCUCCCGAAACGACACAGAUGCGCCAUGCCCCACUCAUGACUACUACGCACACUAA